CAGGUGGCGGUAGUUUGCGGUCCAAAACAAAGCUGGUGUUUAAAUGUGCAGCUUAUUCCCUCUAAUAAUAUGUUGCGGUUUCCACUUUGAGUUAGCAGUUAGCAGAGUGGAUCAGAACCAGCGUAGACUGGGUCGAAACCAUUUUAGAGCUGCUUAGUUGUUCGCGCUGGUUUAACUCGGUACUAGCUAAAGUUCAGCUGUGAUAUCCUAGGCUAGCUGAGCACUGCUAGCUGCCCGUGGACAUGGUGGACGUGUUGGAUCCACGGGACGUGGAGAGGGCUAAGACGUUCUGGGCGGAAAAGGACGUGGAGCAGGUUUUCACCGGGGUCUUUCAGUAUCUGGGCCACCUGAAGCAGGCCCUGCAGAGGAAAACCGCUAAAGAUAAAGAGUACGUUCGGGCUCAGAGGAUGCUAGAGUGUCUGGACUGCUACCCCUCUGGGUCUCCUCAGGACCAGGACUCCUCCGUGGUCCAGGUGCUCAUUGUUUCAGGGGGGCCACUGUCAGCUCUCUGCCCCACCUCCUCUGCCACACCUGUCUGCCUCUUCGAUGGACUGUCGCCCUCUGCUGGCAGAGAGGAGCUGCUACCUCCUCUGGCUCCGGUCCAGUUGCAUUACCACCCUCACCGCUGCUGCAAGUCCUGCCUGCCCGGUUUACCCAAAAUCCCUCAGUCCUGCUCGCUGUUGUACGGCCAGAACCCCCUGAAGGUCCCGCUGCUCUGCGGCUUUAAGAGGCUAAGCGCCAUGCCGCUGAUGUCUCCGUUCGCACACGGCGGGGACGCUCAGGAGGAAAACUGGGACGUCAUCUACAAGGCUCCAUGUGGACAGAGUCUGCGCAACUUUGAGGACGUGAUGUGCUUCCUGUCGGCGACGGAGAGCUACGACAUCCUGCAGGUGGACUUCUUCACCUUCAACCACCUGGUUCAGCUGGACCCUUCCCCUCUGCCGGUCAAAACACAGCAGGACCUGAGCCGGGGAGUGGAGCCGACACCGGUGGAGCUGUGCGUGGGGGAAGGAAAGUCCCGACCCGCGGACUUCCGAUACAGGAAGGACCGCUGGCCGCACGGCUGCUUCUUGAGCCCCGGCCCAACUCUGUUCCACACCUGCUGCGACUGCAGUGACGGCUGCACCGACGCCGAGCACUGCGCCUGCGUUGCCAUGACGACCGGGGGCCGGGGCUAUCGACACCACCGGCUGCUGGAGCCGGUCCGGUCAGGGCUGUAUGAAUGUGGGCCCUGGUGUGACUGCGACCGGUCCCGCUGCCAGAACCGGCUGGUCCAGAGAGGCAUCAGAGUCCGUCUCCAGGUCUUUCAGACGGAGGACCGAGGCUGGGGUGUCCGUUGCCGUGACGACCUGGACCGAGGCACGUUUGUCUGCAUCUACGCAGGCGUGGUUCUGCAGAGGCCCCAGAGUCCCACAGAGGCGUCGCCAGCGAAGCUGACCCGGGCCGAGCUCCCGUCUGAUGACGAGGUGGAGGUGGUCACCGAGUGGCUGGCCCCGCCCAUCCUGGAGGCGCGCGGCGACCUGGUGGAGACGCUGCCGCCGCCGCCGCCCGGUUCCUCUCCGACCUCCGCUAUGAGACACGUCCCGGUGAUCCAGAGACCCAACGAGUCCAGCAGCACGCCUCAGGACCAGGACAAGGUGAAGACGGUGGUGCUUGGAGGUUCUGAUGCAACGUCUCUAUCAGCAGGCGGUCUGUCUGAGGUGAGGGUUGCCGUGGUGAUGGACAGACAGGAAGACAGCAGUCCGAACGGUGAGAAGAGUUUAAAACGAGCAGCCCAGAAGGACGUCUGCUUCAUUGACGCCACCAAGGAAGGAAACGUGAGCCGCUUCAUUAACCACAGCUGUCAGCCCAACUUGUUCAUCCAGAACGUCUUCACGGACUCUCACGACCCGGCCUUCCCCGUCAUCGCCUUCUUCACCAGCAGGCUCAUUAAAUCUGGCACUGAGCUCACCUGGAACUACUCCUCUAACCUUCACACCUCCACCAGAGAUCAGACGCAGGAAGUGCCCUGUCUCUGCCAUAGCAACGGUUGCCAGGGAUGGCUCCACCUGGAGGAGAACCUGUGUGACGUAUGUGAGCCUGAAGGUCCAGCAGGGAUGGAGAACUGAUUUAUGUCACACUUUGUUACCGGUUUCUGCUAUUAAUGUGUUUUUGUAAUAAAAUCUUUUUUUUUUUAAUAUUGAAA